UGGGCAGACCAGUGGGGUCUGGGAUGAGGGCCCGGCAGGGGUGGUGCUCUGAUGUAGUCUGUGUGUGAGCGGCAGGAGGAAGCCAGCAGGUCUUUGGACUACAGGCGGGCGGGUCCCAGAGCUGGGAAGGCGGUCCUGGCUUCAGGGGUCAGCAGGACUGGUAGCUGGAGAUGGCACUAAACUCUUAGAUGGUGGCCUACCCUCGGGGGUACGUGGCGUAGGGCUCACUCCGAACAUGGCUGCACCCAGUGUGGCUCAUGACGGAAAGGUAUGGCAGUUCUGCCCCCACCCUCGGCCGCCUCCCUUUGGACACCUCGGGUUGAUGUUCCCAGGGUCGAAGCGUUUGGUUCGGCUCAGCACCCUGAACCUGCUGUCUGUGAGGCCCUGUGCUGAGUGCUGGGACGUGGUGGGGCCAUCACACGGGCCCAGACCCCUUCGCCCUCCCUGUGUAGGAAGCUGGGGGCCCGUGCUUUCCUCCGGGGUUUGUGUGUGUGCGCAUGCACCUGGCCUCCCAGACCUAGCUGCCUCCCCAGGACGGAGGUCAGUGUGGGGGAAGGCUGGCUUUGAACAGACAGGCUUCGCCUCUGGCUCAGCACCCCCAGGACCACCAGCUGCCCAUGAGAGAUGAAGGAUGGCGUCCAAAGGGGCCGGCGCGUCCUUCUCCCGCAAGAGCUAUAGGCUGACCUCAGAUGCUGAGAAAUCCGGGGUCACAGGCAUUGUGCACGAGAAGCUGCUCAACGACUACCUGCACCAUGUCUUUUCCUCUCCUGAUGGCGCGUUCCCUGGAGCCACCAGCAGGAAGCCCCUGAACUUCCAGAACCUGCCAGAGCAUCUGGACCAGCUGUUACAUGUGGACGACAAGGAUGAGGAAAGCCACGGACAGGUGGAAGGUCGGCUUGGUCCACCCACUGUGGUCCUGGACCACACAGCAGGCUUUGAGGGGCUGCUUCUGGUGGAUGAUGACCUCCUGGGGGUGAUCGGACACAGCAACUUUGGCACCAUCCGCUCCACUACGUGUGUGUACAAAGGGAAGUGGGUCUACGAGGUGCUCAUCUCCUCCCAGGGACUCAUGCAGAUCGGCUGGUGCACAGUCAGCUGCCGCUUCAAUCAGGAGGAGGGGGUUGGAGACACACACCACUCCUAUGCCUACGACGGCAACCGGGUGCGCAAGUGGAACGUGACCACGACAAACUAUGGCAAGGCCUGGGCAGCCGGGGACAUAGUGAGCUGCUUGAUCGACCUGGACGAUGGCACCCUGUCCUUCUGCCUGAAUGGCGUGUCGCUGGGCACUGCGUUUGAGAACUUAUCCAGGGGCCUGGGCAUGGCCUAUUUCCCAGCCAUCAGCCUGUCCUUCAAGGAGUCCGUGGCCUUCAACUUCGGCAGCCGUCCCUUGCGCUACCCAGUUCCGGGCUACCGGCCCCUCCAGGACCCCCCGCGCGCUGACCUGGCGCGAGCACAGAAGCUGCUGGGCUGCUUCCAGGCCGUACUCGGCGUGGAGCUGGAUGCGGUGGAGGGGCGGCUGGUGGAGAAGGAAGGCUCCGAGUGGCGGCUGCAGGGCCAGCCCACCGUCCUCCUCACACUGACCCACAUCUUCCAGCACUUCGCACCGCUUCUGUGCAAGGUGUACCUGGUGGAGGCCGUGCUCAUGACUUUCCUGCUGAGCCUCGUGAAGGCGGGCAGCCCCGUGCGGGCGCAGUCCGCCGUGCGCCAGGUCCUGGACCUCCUGUGGCUCUUCAUGGAGGACCACGAGGUGCAGGACUGCCUCAGGCAGCUGACAAUGUCCCUGCUGCGGCUGUACCGCUUCUCGCCCAUCGUCCCAGACCUGGGCCUGCAGGUGCACUGCCUGCGGCUCACCAUCGCCAUUCUGCGGCAUGAGAGGUCCCGCAAGUUCCUGCUCAGCAAUGUCCUCUUUGACGUGCUCCGCUCCGUGGUCUUCUUCUACAUCAAGAGCCCGCUGCGCGUGGAGGAGGCCGGCCUGCAGGAACUCAUUCCCACCACCUGGUGGCCCCACCGCUCCAGCAGGGAGGGCACAGACGGUGAGGAGGCCGAGGCCCCUGAGGAGCGGCAGCGGCGGCGUGCCUACGAGCGGGGCUGCCAGCGACUCAGGAAGCGCAUCGAAGUGGUGGAAGAGCUGCAGGUCCAGAUCCUGAAGCUGCUGUUGAACAAUAAAGACGUCAGUGGGGGUGAAGCUUCUAGGUACAUCUUCCUGAGUAAGUUCCGGAAGUUUCUACAGGAGAAUGCCAGCAGCCGUGGGAACGUGACCAUGCUCUGCCCCCCUGAGUACAUGGUCUGCUUCUUGCACCGGCUGAUCUCUGCCCUGCGCUACUACUGGGACGAGUACAAGGCUUCGAACCCCCACGCCUCCUUCAGCGAGGAGGCCUACGUCCCGCCGCAGAUCUUCUAUAACGGCAAGGUAGACUACUUCGACUUGCAGCGCCUCGGAGGCCUGCUCUCACACCUUCGGAAGACGCUCAAAGACGACCUCGCCUCCAGGGCCAACAUCCUGAUCGACCCGCUGGAGCUCCAGGCGGCCACCAUGGAUGACCUGGACGAGGCUGGGGAGUCGGCGCCAGCUGCGGCCCAGCGCCCCAUGCAGGCCCUAGCCGUGGGGGGUGCGCUGCCCCUGCCCCGGCCUGGCUGGCUCAGUUCUCCAACCCUGGGCCGAGCCAACCGCUUCCUCAGCACAGCGGCUGUGAGCCUCAUGACCCCGCGGCGGCCUCUGAGCACCUCGGAGAGAGUGAAGGUCCGCACGCUGAGCGCGGAGCAGAGGACCCGUGAAGACAUCGAGGGCAGCCGCUGGAACGAGGGUCUGCUGCUGGGGCGGCCCCCCGAGGAGCCCGAGCAGCCCACCACUGAGAACUCCCUGCUGGAGGUCCUGGACGGCGCCGUCAUGAUGUACGGCCUCGGCGUGCACCAGCAGCUGGGCAAGAUGGUGGGUGUGUCUGACGACGUCAGCGAGUAUGCGGUGGCUCUGAGGGACACAGAAGAUAAGCUCCGCCGGUGCCCCACGCGGAGGAAGGACAUCCUUGCGGAGCUGACCAAGAGCCAGAAGGUCUUCUCAGAAAAGCUGGACCACCUGAGCCGCCGUCUGGCCUGGGUGCGCACCACUGUCUACUCCCAGGAGAAGAUGCGGGACAUCUACUGGCUGCUGCGUGUCUGCGUGCGCACCGUUGAGCACAGUGACCAGACGGGCCCGCUCUUUGCCUUCAUGCCUGAGUUCUACCUGAGCGUGGCCAUCAACAGCUACAGUGCUCUCAAGAAUUACUUUGGCCCCGUGCACAGCAUGGAGGAGCUGCCAGGCUACGAAGAGACCCUGACACGCCUGGCUGCCAUCCUUGCCAAACACUUUGCCGACACGCGUAUCGUGGGCACUGACAUCCGGGACUCGCUGCUGCAGGCGCUGGCCAGCUACGUGUGCUACCCCUCCUCCCUGCGGGCUGUGGAGCGGGUCCCUGAGCAGCAGCGCAUCGCCAUGGUGAGGAGCCUGCUGGCCCCCUAUGAGCAGCGGCCCUGGGCCCAGACCAACUGGAUCCUGGUGCGGCUCUGGCGGGGCUGUGGCUUCGGGUACCGCUACACGCGGCUGCCACACCUGCUGAGAACCAAGCCCGAGGACGCGCACCUGCCCAGCCUGCAGAAGCCCUGCCCCUCCACACUCCUGCAGCAGCACAUGGCUGACCUGCUCCGGCAGGACCCUGACGUGGCCCCCAGCUUCCUGAACAGUGUCCUCAACCAGCUGAACUGGGCCUUCUCUGAGUUUGUCGGCAUGAUCCAGGAGAUCCAGCAGGCUGCCGAACGCCUAGAGCGGAACUUCGUGGACAGCCGGCAGCUCAAGGUGUGUGCCACCUGCUUUGACCUGUCAGUCAGCCUGCUGCGUGUCCUGGAGAUGACCAUCACGCUAGUGCCCGAGAUAUUCCUUGACUGGGCCCAGCCCACCUCUGAGAUGCUGCUGCGGCGCCUCGCGCAGCUGCUGAACCAGGUGCUGAACCGCGUGACGGCUGAGAGGAACCUGUUUGACCGUGUGGUCACCCUACGGCUGCCAGGCCUAGAGAGUGUGGACCACUACCCUAUUCUGGUGGCGGUGACAGGCAUCCUGGUGCGGCUGCUGGUGCACGGUCCACCCUCGGGGACGGAGCGAGCCACGUCCGUGCUCCUGGCUGAUCCCUGCUUCCAGCUCCGCUCUAUCUGCUAUCUCCUUGGGCAGCCAGAGCCCCCUGCCCCCGGCUCCGUCCUGCCCGCCCCCGACCCGAAGCGCUUCUCCCUGCAGAGCUACACAGAGUACAUCAGCGUAGAGGAGCUGCGCCAGGUGGAACAGAUGCUGGCACACCUGACCUCUGCAUCCGCCCAGGCAGCGGCUGCCUCCCUGCCCACCAGCGAGGAGGACCUCUGCCCCAUCUGCUAUGCCCACCCCAUCUCGGCUGUGUUCCAGCCCUGUGGCCACAAGUCCUGCAAAGCUUGCAUCAACCAGCACUUGAUGAACAACAAGGACUGCUUCUUCUGCAAAGCCACCAUCGAGUCCGUGGAGGACUGGGAGAAGGCAGCCCACGCAGGUGCCACCUCCUCAGCUGCCUAGGCCUGCCGUGCCUGCCCAGCAGGGGCCUCCUCCCUUGAACCCAGACUGGGCCCUAUUUAUGAGCACCCCUCGCCCUGUUUCCCACACUGCCGUACCCCCACCCCCACCGCCAACCUCCUUGCCUGUGUGAACCUCAUCGGCAGGAGCCCAGCCAUGCCUGAGCUUGACUUGCAGUCAGGGCCACAGUGAGCAUUAAAUUAUUAUUCCAUACA